AUGGACCCGUCAACGUCCGUGGCGUCGCGCUUCGUCUCGGAGAAACAACUGACCGAAGCGCAAGAGAAACGCCAAGCGGAAUGGAAAGAAGCCUACGCUCGAAUGGGGCAGGAACCACCUCCGACGAAUCCGAAUUCGAUCGAAGGCGAAGCGUACGAUGGGAGGAGCUUGUACGAGAAGUUGCAGGAACACAAGGUGAGAUGGUCUUUGAGAGUGGAGAUAUACUGGCGUGGGGGUUUUUGGGGUCGAGUGGGGGAUGGGUGUAGGGCGUGAGAGGGGGAGAGAGGAGCAUGUGUGGGGGGGGGGAACACGACGCGCGGUUCGCAGGGGCUGCACACGCGUCGACGGGGAUGACAUAUUGCCAUGAUGAAGCUCGAUGGACGCUUCGAUAGUCUGGUGACUCCACCUAUGCCCUUGACUCCCCCACUUUUCUCGGCUGAAGUGGACAACGCUCAUCUCGCGCUCGGGGACCCAAAGCCUUCUGUGACCACUACCUGCGAUCAGGUCCCAUAAAUGACCUCAACCCCGAUUUAAUUCUCUCCGCAGAACAAAAAGCAAGAAGCCUUUGACGAAGCCUUGAAAUUCAGUGCGUCACUCUGCGCGCCAAUCCGCCACCUCGACCUCGAAGGACAAACUGACUGACUGGAGUCGCUUUCCCCACGAUGAACCAUUUUCCACUCUGCUGUUGGCCGUUCCCUUGCGGUUCCAUAGAAAAUCAUUUUCGCGCCUUGGACGAAGACGAGAUCAAUUUUCUCGAUUCGAUGACGGACGAGAACAACGAGGAAGAACUCGCUCGACAGCAAGAGGUUCAGGAAGAAUUGAGGAAUUUCAAGCAGUAGGUUGGCUUCACUUUACUCCGGCGAUGAAUCGUGGCGCUGGUCAUUGAUCUCUAGGGGGGAUUGUUUCAUCACUGUUCAGAGCCGUUUCUUCAAGAUCUCAAGCUCCACCACCGCCUUCGAUAGCCUCCAUCUCGGGCCUGACAUUACCUUCCACCUCGGCGACGUCACCACUUUUGACGUCGACGUCUACUUCCCCAACAACCACAACAAAGAAACCACUCCCACCACCACCGAAGAAAAAGAAGAAUCUAAUUGCCGGUGUGGUCGUCAAGAAGAAGGCGUCGCCAUUGUCCACGACUUCCCCUAUGAUGAGCAAGGCCGAACCGAGCAGCAGUGGUGUGGGAUCAAAGCGGAGGGAGAGUGAUACGAUCUCGGAGGCGAAUGACAAAGACGAUGAGGGGGAGGCCAACAAGAAACGACGAUUAUCGGUCUCCAAAGCCGAGGAGUCUUCAGAGAAGUAG